CCCGUGUUCGGCCUCCUCUGCCUGUGGUUGUCCGAGAGGGCAGUCCUGAUCGCCGGCGCCUUACUCUGUUCCGUGCCGGUCAUGGCGUGCGGUUUCGCCCAUAACCUCGCCGUCAUCAACGUUCUCUAUGGAGUGCUCUUCGGAAUGGGCCUUGCGUGCGCCGAGCUGGUGCCGUUCUCAGUGGUGGCGCGCCACUUCGUGUCGUUCCGCGGCACAGCACUGGGCCUGCUGUUCAUCGUCACCUCCGUCUCUGGUUUCGUGUCCCCCAUGGCGGUGGAAUUUCUUCGUCAGACGUACGGCUUCCGAUGCACGCUACACUUGGGGGAGCCAUCAUACUGA